UGCGCAUUACGCCUUAAAUUGAGCAGGCUUCUUUCUCUUCGAGCGGGUGUCGCUAACCGCCUGUUUGAAGCAACUAAUUUGUCAUUUUAAAGCUUUAAAUACAUAUUUACUUUUGGAACUGAUACAGGAGGCAGCAGUCGGAUAUCUAGAACAUGCCAAAAAACAAAGGUAAAGGAGGAAAGAACAGGCGACGUGGUAAGAAUGAGAACGAGUCGGAGAAGAGAGAGCUGGUGUUUAAAGAGGAUGGACAAGAGUACGCCCAGGUGAUAAAGAUGCUGGGAAACGGCAGGCUGGAGGCCAUGUGCUUCGACGGCGUCAAACGGCUUUGUCACAUCCGAGGAAAACUCCGGAAAAAGGUUUGGAUCAACACAUCAGACAUUAUCCUCAUAGGCCUGAGGGAUUAUCAGGACACGAAAGCAGACGUUAUUUUGAAGUACAACGCUGAUGAGGCUCGGAGUCUGAAGGCGUAUGGAGAGCUUCCAGAGCACGCCAAAAUCAAUGAGACGGACACGUUUGGACCCGGAGACGAUGACGAAAUUCAGUUCGACGAUAUUGGAGAUGACGACGAGGACAUUGAUGAUAUCUAACGUGGAGCUGCUGCUAAGGAGGAAGUGGACUUUAAUUCGCCGGCAGAAGCAGGAUGCCUGGAGUCUGAUCCUCUCAGACCCUGUGGCUCAGAUUUAGGGCUUUUGUCACUAACUACACGACUGCAUCACUAUCUCCAAUACAUUGUUAGUUUUUAAUGUAUUUAUAUUAAUUUCACACCAAGUGGAAUUUAGUUCAAGAAUCUCUGGAUUCGCAAUAAAAACAAACAAUUUUAUGUUUUUGUCUUGCAGUCUAUAAUUUUUGUAGCGUCCAAAUGAUCAAGAGAAAUGUUUGUGAGAAGAGUAGCUGCCUAUACCUUGCCACUGUCUGUUUUUUUUGUCUUUAAUUAGCUUAAAUAGGCCGCUGGACACUCAUCGAGUCCGUCUCUGGGAACAUACAGGAACAUGUUUCCUCUGAUGUUUUUAUUUCUGAAUGUUUUGGAAACAAGAAAUUAGAUUUUUUUUUAAUACAGAGCUGCUUCAUUAAAUAAAUAAAAGAAAGAAAUUCACACUGGAGAUGCACCGAUGCUUUUCUCUUCGCAGCUGACGUCGAUUUCACCCACUGAUUCUGAUCUCUAAAAUCUACGCAUGUCUCGUUAUUCCUGUGCACCUGAAGCCUCCGUGCUUCCUUAUAAUCAAAUUACACAAUAGUAACAUUUCUAUCGGUGCAUGUCUAGUUCAAAUCUGAGUCAGUUUUCUUAUUCUGAAGUGAGACUCGAAUGUUUUCUUUCUAUAAUUUAAAAAAAAAAAAAAAAAAAAAAAAGGUCAAAGUUCAGAAUAUUUUUGUAUACAAGAAUCAAAAAUGAAAUGUUACUAGGUCUUUUUUUUUUUUUUCAUGAAUUGUGUCCUUCAUAAAAAGCAAAUUGUCUGUUAAUUUGUGGAUUGAAGUCGUUAACACCAGGAUGGCGUAAUGGAAAAGUCGGUGGUUUUCCUUCUCUGCUGCUUUUGAUCAAAAGAAAAACAAAUGAUUUUGAAAUAAAAGAUGAUACUAAAUGAAA